AUGGACGACGCGAUCAUGGUGAGGCAGACAGCCCGUAAGGAGAGGGCGCACGUCACGAAGAUGAGGCGCCUCUUCGUCACGGCGGACACAGACAGGGACGGCAGGCUCGACCGCGGCGAGUGGCUGGCCCUGUGCGAGGACCCGUGGGUGAAGGCUUGGCUCAAAGCUCAAGACUUCGAUCUAAGGGAUCCAGGGAUACUGUUCGCUGCGCUGGACGACGGGAGUGGGACACUCACUGCACAGGAGCUCGUCGAGGGCACGUCGCGCAUGAAGAGUGAGGCCUCGCCCAUGGCCAUGGUGAGGCUGGUCCACGAGGUCAACGCUCGCGUGAAGGUCAUCGAGAGCAGACUGCGCGAGAAUCCAGAACAUAAUCACCACACCUGA